CCGGGUGCCAGGCGUUGCUGCUCGCGGUGUCGGCGCUGGUCAUCGUGGCCGAGCGCACCUCCCUGUUCUACUGUGUAGGCUUUUACCUGUGGAAUGAGGAGACACAGUGGGCCGGCCUCACCCUGGGCCUCUUUCUCCCAGGGACAGUGGUUCAACUGCUGAGUAUGAAGUGGUAUCAUGAUGAUGGAGACGACAGGCGAUGCUACCUCUCUGUCAUACACAUUCUGCACUUGGGCAUCUUCAGAAGGUUGUGGGACUGUAUGAGGUCUGUGCUGCACAUGCAGGACUCCGUGGCUGAACUCGGAGUGGCAGUCAUGCAGCAGGCAGACGCGGCUGCACUGUGGCUCUUGGAGGCCCUGGUGCUCACGCUGCCCCAGACCCUGCUGCAGGCCUACGUGGUGGUGUCCACAGAUGUGGGCGUCAUGUCACCAGUGGGUUACUGCUGUGGCCUGUGUGUUCUGUCCAUCUCCUGGGCCCUGGUUCUGUUCAGCAGAGCCUGUUGUCUGAUCAGACCCGGUCACCUGGCCAUGCCUCCUGCAGCCAUGCUGUGCCAGCUGCUGUGGAGGGCAGGGAUGCUGGGAGCCAGGGUCACAUGUCUCAUGCUCUUUGCCCGAGUCUUCAACUGGUGGGUCUGUGGAGUGGUAGGUUUCCACUGGCUCACUGCCUCCUUCUGGCUGGUGUCACAGCAGAUCGACAUCUGCACCGGCCCCUGGUGCUGCUGUGCUUUUAAUGGCAUCGUUGGACUCGUUCACGUCUUCCUCUUCUUCAAUGUCAAGGACAGACCCUCACGUUUCCGCAUGGCCAGCUUUUAUGCAUUCAUGUUUGUGGAGAAUGCUACGUUGCUACUGGCCGCCUCUGACUUUCUUAGCGAGGCAUCAUGGGAAAGCAUGACCCUCCCCACCACUGUGCUGUGUAGCUUUCUCCUCGGUGCUAUCUUUCUUGUCAUCUACUACCGGUUCCUUCAUCCCAAGUCAACAGAGAUUUCCCAAGGUACCAAGAACAACAACAUGGGCAACGCAUGCAUGGAUCAGGGAGAGUCGUCCUUCUCUCUGGGGGACAAAAGUUACCACGCUCCCUCCAUUCAGAACCAUGGCAGCUUCUCCCUCUCUGGUGUGGCUGGGACACUGCUGGAACACCCAGGUACCUGCGGGGGGCAGGCUGGCAGCUCCUGCCCAUGUUACCACCACCACUGGCUUUUGAUCCGACUAGCUUUAAAGACAGGAGACAUGGGGAAAAUCAACAGAGCCUACGGGGCCGGGGUGCCAGCAACCAUACUGGACAUGGAGGAGUACAAUCAAGGAUAUAAGAACGAGGGCAUGACGAUCACAGCAGGGGUCAGCUGUGAGGCCAUCUCCGCAGCCUCCGAGUCGCAGGGAAAAGGUCUGGCUCCGCUGUCGGACUGCAAGGACGAGUUCCAGAGUGUGAGCGAGCCCUCGUCCACCGAACAACCAGAAGAAGAGUUUGACAGUCUGGAGAUGGAGAGCCAGACGGAGUCACCGUCAUCGGAGUUCAAACGCAGCUCACCAGAGGGAAAGUCUGUGUUUGGAGACAGUCCUGAGCCAUAUUUCUGCCCUACUGAGUCCAAUUCUACCCUGUACUUCAGCGCAGACCCUCAUUCACCCAGCAGUGCCAGUAACCCCAGACUGGACAAAGACACAGGAGGUCUAAACUCCAUCCCUAGUGAUCCAGCUCUGCACAGAGAUGUCCGAGGGCUCAUGGGCCGGGUUGGGCCACGUUGCACUUCUACCCCUAAACUGGACUCUGGAGUGAUGGACUCCCCUUCCAGCGUCCCCCACCUCACAGGUCCACGAAGGCAGCUUAUAAUGUCCAGGACAGACGAGGAC